CUAAUGGAACAACCCUGUACAUUCACGCAGCGCACGAUGCAUGCUGGCGGGAGCUUCUAUCAUUCUUUAGGCAAAACGAGGGUAGGCGAGACUAUCUAUAGGUGAAAGAUAUAGCUGAAAUGGAUUUAGUUCCACCUAGAGCCGUGCUAGGUCUUCUGCUGCUUCUGUGGGCGGGAGCAUGCGUCUUGGAAGCACAAGCCGCUGAAAAGCUGGAUAGCUGCGACCUGGUGGACCCGAAAAUAGAAGAGCAUAUUCUCAAGCAAACCAGCCUUUUUGCGACCCAGGGAAUUCGCGAUGAGGUCAUUAGAUCAUUGCACGAGCCGUGCAUCAACGAGACUGCCAAACACCCGUGCAUUAAGGCCCAGAAAUUCCUGAUCAAGGACGGGGUAGUGUACGUCACUAACCUGAUGCCGGUCAAUGGCUUCGGCUACGUUGAGCUGAUUGGUUUCCUUGUGGAGCUGUACGAAGUCAGUCAGGUGUACAAGCUCCCAGAUGUGGAAUUUGCUUACUGGCACGAUGACAACCCGCCCGCGGAGACCGUGCUUCGACCCACUGCCGAGAACCCCACCGCCUCGGCUUGGCCCUUCCCGCCCCACGACGCGCCCCCCGUCCUGGCUUGGGCCACCUUCCCCGGCAAUGCGGCGCUCGUGGUGCCGUACAGUGGGGCGUUCAGGUGUCCCAAGGACUCGUUUGACAGCCUUCUGGAGCAAGUGCCGCACAUGAACGCCAACCCGCCCUGGGAGCAGAGGGAGAAGCUGGGCUUCGGGCGCUGGAACAUCUUCUGUGCCUGGUACUACGGCAACCACCACGUCAAGACGGCGGAUGGGCAGCCCGUGCCCUGCCCACGUGACUACAUCAACAACCUGUACUACAACCAUACCGACAAGCUGCUUACGGUGGCACUCAACAGGCCGCUGGCCGGCAGCGGCAAGCCGGCGCAGCAGGUGCCACUGCUGGAACAGAACAAGUACCGCUACAUCGUGUCCACUGACGGUGAGCUCGACUACGUCCAGCGGGCGGGAAUCCGGGAAUCACCCGGGUGCCACUCCGGCAAGUCCCAAGCGACUGCGCUUAUCGCGGGUAAGUAUGACUACCUGGGUCACGACAGUCACGCGACGCUCGGUAAAAUGGUGGGUAUCGGCUGGUCCAUCAGCUCCAAGUUCGACAAGUACCUGCUGCUAGGCAGCCUUGUGCUCAAGGCCGAGGGCUUUGUGUACGGCUGGUACUACCCUGCCAUGAAGGCGUGGGAGCACUACGUGCCAUUCAUGGUCAAGGACAAGGACGACGUGCUCGAGAUGAUUGACUGGGCGCGCUCGCACGACGAGGAGGCUCACAAGAUCGCGCAGGCAGGCCAGUCGUUUGCGUUGAAGCACCUGGCUCGCAAGACGCGGCUGUGCUACAUUUACAAACUGAUCAAGGAGCUGGCUAAGCACAUGAAGUACACGCCGGAUUGCUCCAAGCGCCCCGUGUGUGUGCCGCUAGUAGAGGAGAUUAAGUUCCUCAAGUCCUUCGACGUCACACACGCGCACUGCAGGUACGACGAAGUGCUGGGUCCGUACGCCGCCGCCGACCCCGCCGCCCGAACCCCCGAGUUCCUGAAGGACCUCACGGCCCAGCACCAGGCCGUGCCGCACCACCUUUGGGGCGGCCGCCGCCACCUGCUCGGCAGUAGCAGCGGCAGCAGCAGCAGUGGCAGCAGCAGCGGGCGGCAGUAGCAGCAGCGGUAGCAGUUUGCGACAUGCGCAAGAACAAGUGGAGCACAGGCGCUGAGAGCGCGGCGGCAGAUACAGACGGAAGCAUGUGGCAGCAGUACCCGCGGCAGCAGUGGCACCGGCAGCGGCUGCCGAUGAGGUGGGCGGCAGGGUGGGCGGCAGGUGGCUCAAGCUGUGCCUGGCUGUCGGAGCCGACGGAGCGGCUACUGCUGGCUGCCGUGGCUGCUUGCAACAGCAGGUGCCGCGUGCCGCACUGUGCGGCUGCCGUGGCUGCGUGCAACGCGCCACGCCAACCUGCCAACCAACCCUUGCUGGUUGCAAGCAAGCGGUGGCGGCUUGGAAGCCGCGCAGCACGCACAACACUCAGACCGGCGAUAUGCCAGCUGGCGCCGCGUCCGGGCGCUGCUAUGGGAGCACGUGUUUGGGGUGGCUGGGCGGGGGCCAGGCGGUCGGGGAGGAGGCGGUGUGUACGUGUGCUGUGGCUGGCCCGGGGAGACCGCCUGGUUGAACGGCGGGAGCCCAGGAGGCGCGCGGGAGCGUUACAAACAUAACGCGGGCGUAGCGCAAACCUUAACUUAUUUCACCCGCAGAUGGUAUCCGUAUCCGCUCAGCGCAAGUUGUGUUGUGCAGUUUUCGGGCUGGGGUCUGCGGGCUUCCGCGAACUCCUCGCCGUCAGCCUGGCGCCCAUAUUCUGAGUGCUUGCACAGUUAACGCUAUGUUGUAGGGAUACUGCAAAAAGGAUAAAUUCCAUAAGGCACUUGCUUUGGGACGUCUUGCUCCCGUGCCCGUUCUUUCCAUGCGCCCCCGCAAAACGGCAAAGCCCGGCAUAUCCCACAAUCGCUUACCACCAGUUAUCUGCCGUUUAGAGCAGCGCUCGUUUGUUGCGAUAGAGGGCACCGCGAGCAAUUCAAUUGAAGAGUAACAUCGAUC